AUGAAUUUUGAUAAAAUUCAUCAAGAAAUUGAUAAUUUAAUAAAAAACAAAGAAACUACAUUAUCAAACUCAAUAAAACAGUCACUUGAAAUAAUAGAAGAGUCAUUGAAUAAAUAUGGUCCUGAAAGUUUAAGUAUUUCUUAUAAUGGAGGAAAAGAUAGUGUUGUAUUAUUAAAUUUGUUAGCAGUGGUGUUUAAUAAACAUUAUAUAACAAAAAAAGGAUCUUUAGAAAUGAUGCCUAAAAUACAAGCAUUAUAUAUUAAACAUUCAAAACCAUUUCCUGAAGUUGAAGAAUUUAUAGAAGAAAGUAUCAAACGUUAUAAUUUAGACUUGGUAAUAAUAGAAGAGUCAAUGAAAAAGGCAUUGGAAAAAUAUUCUGAAUUAAAACCAGAAGUUAAAGGAAUAUUAAUUGGUGUAAGAAGAAAUGAUCCACAUGGAGAUAAGUUAUCUAAAUUCAUUCCAACUGAUCUAGGUUGGCCUCCAUUUAUGCGAGUCCAUCCAAUAUUAGAUUGGAUUCUACUAUCUUCAUCAGCACCUUUAUUAAUAUGA